UCAUGGCGGCGGCUCCGUAGGGCGGCGGGGGCUGUGCGGGGCCGGGCCGGGCCGGGCGGGGAGGCCGGGAGGGAACCGGGGGGGCCGGGCCCGGGCUGCGGCAGCUCCCCGGUGGCUCCGAGGCGCCCGGGAAGGCCGUCAGGCUGCCGCCGGGGGAGGGAGCGGGAGCCAGCCGCUGCCCCCCGGGUGCCCGGGCGGGAGGCGGCCGAAGGCCCCGUCACGGUGCCGGGGAUGGACGAGGAGAGCCUGGAGGCCGCGAUCCGCGCCUACAACGCGCAGCUGCGGCAGGUGGAGCUGGCGCUGGGCGCCGGCCUGGACCCGUCGCAGCAGUCGGACCUGGUUCAGCUGCAGGAGGAUUUGAAGCAGCUGAUAGAGCUGACCGAGUCCAGCCUGGUGGCCGUGAGGAAGAGCAAGCUGCUGGCCGCGCUAGACACAAACGCGUCCUCGUCUUCCUCGUCGCCGGGAGGUCUGCUGGAGCACGGCGCCGACCCAGAAAGCUCUGCCCAGGAUGAGGAGUACGCUGCCUUCAAGGAAGCCAUCGCCGAGCUUGGAACCGACGACAAGCCCGCAGCGGAAAGCAGCGAGAUAUCCUCAAAGGGAGAUGAGAGCAAGGACGAAAGGCGGUCGAAGGGCAGUGAAGAGGAGGAGGAGUCUGACAGGGAGGAGGAGGAGGAGGAGUUGAGUGGGAUGAAGGUUAAAGCCCCGUACUACAGCUCCUGGGGGACGCUGGAGUACCAUAACGCCAUGAUUGUGGGGACAGAAUACCUGGAAGAUGGCGGCGCAGGAGUCAGAGUGCUGUACCUCUAUCCAACCCACAAGUCUUUGAAGCCGUGUCCGUUCUUCUUGGAUGACAAAUGCAGAUUUAAAGAGAACUGUCGGUUUUCGCACGGGCAGGUGGUGCCCGUGGAGGAGCUUCAGCCCUUUCAGGAGCCCAAUCUGAGCACUCUGGAGGUGGGCUCGGCCUGCCUGGCGAAGCACAGCGACGGAAUAUGGUACACUGCAAAAAUAACCGAUAUCGACAGUGGUUAUUACACUGUGAAGUUCGAUUCCCUGCUGCUAAAGGAAGCUGUUGUGGAAGGGGACAGCAUCAUUCCCCCCCUGCGAAGUGACGACGGUGCCUCGUCUGCUGAAUCCGAUGAAGACAGCGUUGAUGAUUCUGGUUACGCUAAAGUGAUAGAUUCGGGGGUCCCGGAGAAUGGGGAAUGGGCUCCUGCGUGCAGCUCCUCUUUUGGUGGCUGGGAAGCCCAUACUCGCGGCAUCGGCUCCAAACUGCUUGCUCAGAUGGGAUACGAGUUUGGAAAAGGGCUGGGGAAGAAUUCUGAGGGCCGAGUGGAGCCGGUGCAGGCCGUGGUCCUUCCUCGAGGGAAAUCCCUCGACCAGUGCGCCGAGGUGCUUCAGAAGAAGAAACAGGGGAGGCUGGACCCCGGCAACUCGAAGAAAUGCCGGGCAAAGGGAAGUAACGCUGGCCGGUCCUCUGCAGGCAGCCGCAAGCCACCCCGCAACGUGUUUGACUUUUUGAAUGAGAAACUGAGAGGGAAGAGCACUGGGGAGAAGGCCGGAGGUGUGGCGCUGCCCGAGAGGAACAGCAAAGAGAUCUACCAUGCUAGCAAGAGCACCAAGAAGGCCCUGAGUGUCCGCCUCUUCCAGACAAUGGAGAAGAUUGAACAAACGCAGAAGGAUAUCAGAGGAAUCCAGCAGGCCCUGGCGCGCAACGUUGGACGGCACAGCAUUGCAACUGCUCAGCUGGAGGAGAAGCUGGCUAACGCUCACAAACAGCUGGGGCAGCUGCAGGCGCAGGAAGCCAGUCUGCAGCGGGAGCAGAAGAAAGCAGACACCCAUAAGAAGAUGACUGAGUUCUAGUCUCCGAGGAAGGCGGUUGACUGCAGUGAUUAUCGUUCUAGCCAGCCCCUGUGCUCAUGGCCUCAGAGCCUGGGUGAGCCAUCCUGCUCUUCUGGGUCUCGGUCUGCCUGCCCAGCCCGAAAAUUGGGCUGAAAAGCAGCGGUUUCCAAAACCAGCUGCUUCUGAGCUCUGCUGGGAGGGCGAGAAGCACGCAUCCGUCCAGCCCCGAGCCUUGUGUAAGGACCAGCUACAAGAAACCCGAUUCUCUGCUACCUUGCACGCUUCUUUCCUGUUAUCACUGCAGCAGCACCUCCAUCCAGAGCGCGUAGCUGCUCGGGUGAUAACGCUGCUGGCAGCGAACCAGCCGCGGAGGGGCUUUGAAAGCCCCACAUCCUGCCAUCAGCUGUGGCUUGUGUUUGCAGCCAACUGAUGAAGACAAGUGGAGGCAGGGUCCCAGGCACGUUCUGGCAGAGCAGAAAAGGCGCGUGCUGGGUGCGAAACAGCGAUGGCAAACCGCUUCAGCUGCUCUCUGCCUCCUGUUCUUUGCUAUGGGAUUUAUCUGAGAACUCUGUUUUUUAAGAGCAGUUUCUUGUAAACCUGGUGUAAUGCCUAGACAGAGAAGUGGCAGCUCAGAGGUGGUACCGGAGGCCUCACGUGUCGUAUUUCUCCAGUUUGACUGUAGGAGCAUCCCUGGGACACGCUGUAGCCUAACUCAUCGACUUGGCGUGGAAAGCUGCGUGGUUCCACAAGCAGAGUGCCAAAGAUGGGAGAAUAAGGCAGCAGAGUAACAGGUUCUCAAGCCUCUGAGUUGGGAACACCUCUAUGGGGAACCUUGCGCUUCUGCCGCUGUUACUUGAGUUUUUCUCUCCCAGGUGGCUCUCUGAACACAGGUCCUUUUAUUAAAAAAAAAAAAAACCCUCAGGACCCACUCCCAGCUCAGACCGGGCCCUGGACGAGCACAAAGAUCAGGUCUGCGUGUGCUGAGUGCACGGCACUGCCUGGGGUUGGGGAGAGCCUUGGGCUGUGCUGGAAGCAGGACGCAAGCCAAGUGCCCUUCCCCGCACCACGGACAGUCCUCGGACACGGAGGAUGUCUUCUCCCCAGGGCUGUAUUCAGGGUUGGCAGCAGCCAGCCCUCCCCACAGGGGAGGUGGUGGUUUCAUCAGACUCUCUUUCUGGUGGGACUUGUGCAUUGUAAUUGUGUUGUGUUUUUUUUAAAAAAAAAAAAAAACUUGUUAGCGAUUUCAUGCCAGUAUCUUAAGGACACGUUUUUUUUUCUUAAUUAAAAAAAAUAUCAAUUUCCUUUCA